AUACUAUUCGUGGAAGCUGAUGUGCAGCAAGACAGACCAGAAGGCAAUAGUUCCAGUUUUGAGUUGUUUACCUGUUUGUCAUUAGUGGACAACAUUGCAGUAAAGUAGUCCCUCCCGGACUAGCUGCCAGCCCAACCACGCAGGUAUUCCUCCGCUCCCAGUCCUCCACGUGCAGAGCCCCGCAGAUGGAGUGUCGGGACGCCGCCGUGUCCUCCCUGAGCUGGGCUCUGAUCGUCGGCGGCGCCGCCUACAUGCUGCACCAGAGCCGGAGCCACACGCAGUACGGCCGCUACCUGCCGGAGAAGGGCUGCUGCUGUCCGGCCCGACUGGGCUGGUUCUUGCAGGAGGUCCCAGCUUUCCUGCUGCCGCUGCUCCUGCUGCUCACCGGGGAGCCGGAGAAGACCGGAGACCGCACCGGGAGGACGCUGCUGCUCUGCACCUUCAUGCUGCACUACUUCCACAGGAGCUUCAUCUACGCCUUCCUGACCCGAGGACGCCCCGUCCCGCUGCCCAUUGUGCUCGCUGCCGCCAUCUUCUGCUCGCUCAACGGCUUCCUGCAGGGACAUCACCUGCUGCACUGCGCCCACUUCGAACACACCUGGCUGAGGGACGCUCGCCUGGCUGCAGGUUUUCUUCUCUUCGUCGUCGGAAUGAUCAUCAACAUCCACAGUGACCACAUCCUGCGGAGCCUGAGAAGACCUGGAGAGACAGUCUACAAGAUCCCCUACGGGGGAAUGUUUGAGUUUGUGUCUGGUGCCAACUUCCUGGGUGAGAUCCUGGAGUGGUGCGGUUUUGCUUUAGCCUCGUGGUCUUUGCCCUCCACGGCCUUUGCUUUCUUCACCGUGUGCUCCAUUGGGCCCCGAGCCUACCAGCACCACAGAGACUACCAGCAGAGGUUUGAGGACUACCCCCGCUCCAGGAAGGCUCUCCUUCCUUUCAUCCUGUGACCAUGAACGACAGCUGACCUCCUGAAGCUCUGAAGCUCCUGGAGAACCCAAUAAAACCCAAAUGAUGAUGUCAUGUUCUAGAAUAAAGAUGAGAACCCUGCA